CUUAUCGUCAUAUGACCCAUUGCUGCUUGUGGCAGUCGUGUAAGCCAUAUUUGUCAGUGACUUCGCUGGUUUCGUGUAGUCUUUUGUGAGUCGCGGUCCGUUCCAACCUGUAAAUACUCCACAACCGAAAAUGGUCGCAAUCGGCGAAGAAAAUCCAGUGUACGGGCCCUUCUUCGGGGUGAUGGGGGCGGCGGCCGCUAUCAUCUUCAGUUCCCUAGGAGCCGCCUACGGGACGGCGAAAUCAGGCACCGGUAUAGCAGCCAUGUCGGUGAUGAGGCCAGAACUUAUUAUGAAAUCUAUAAUCCCUGUUGUCAUGGCGGGUAUCAUUGCCAUCUACGGUCUAGUUAUUGCUGUCCUUAUUGCCGGAGGUAUUGGCCCAGCGAGCGAAGAAUACACGUUAUACAAGGGUUUCGUGCAUUUGGGUGCCGGUCUCGCAGUAGGCUUCUCUGGUCUGGCGGCCGGUUUCGCCAUCGGCAUCGUAGGUGAUGCAGGUGUCCGAGGAACGGCCCAGCAGCCCCGUCUCUUCGUAGGCAUGAUCCUCAUCCUCAUUUUCGCAGAAGUAUUGGGUCUUUACGGUCUCAUCGUCGCCAUCUACCUCUACACAAAAUAAGUUAAUCGUUUUCUUUUUUUAAGUGUAAAACAGAGCAGAUUCAUCCUUUCAAAUCCAGUCCCCUGUACUGUCAUAGUAGAGUUUCCCCCAUAACCUGAUUUUUCGAAAUGUUAUCUCCUUCAUCCUAUUUUUAAUGUUUAUUGUAUAAAAAGAUGUAUAAAACCGUGUUGUAAGCUUUGAUGAAUUUGACGGACGAGGCAUAGAAGGUGUAAAUAUUUUAUUGUGAUGGAACUCGUAUGACGAUGCGGGUCCUGUCAUUGUAAAUAAUUUGGACUGGGCUUGAAUCAUGCUACAUUGGCUGUCAUGUUCAUAAAGGGUUACGCCUUGAUAAAUUAAUUAUUGUAUAGUUAUUAGUAGUUUGUUAGGUUAAUCAUUUCAUAAUAUGCGAUUUAAGGGUCUACGACUCUGAGUAUUUAAAGUUACAAAGAAUAAAGUUACAAAAGUAGCACAAUUAUUUUUAAUUUCAUGGGCAUGUUCGAGAUUUGUUGAGCCUUAUAGACCUACAGUAGCGUUCUGUUCUUUUAAAUUCUACAUAUCAUUGCCAACUUUGUUAAUUAAGUGUUUGUUCCUUAGCAGAGUAUGAUGUUCACACUAUUGUAUCGAGAUUGCUCACGUUUCUUUGCGUUCGUCGUUUGACCUUCCAUUAAUCAGGCGCAGUGUUGACAGUUUGUAAUUAAACAAUAAUAAUAAAUACAGUUGUUGUAAAUAAUGGCAACAUUAUCUAUGUAUCGAUCGAUGGUUUGGUGUCCAUAGUUAUACGUGUUAGCCUUCUCUGUAGCCUAGGACACUUGGGGGCGCGGCUGUGAACUGCCCUUAACACACAACCCAGUCCAGAGCCGCGCCCUUGCGUCUAUAACCUAAACAUGUUGAUAGUAUUUUUUUUCUCGUCAUUAUACUUUCUUCUAGUACGCAGCACCGGGCUUGGCGGCUGGGGGAGUGUCGACGACUCCAGCCGUCUGUCUUUUAGGUUCGAAAUGUAGAAAUGCCUCUGUUGUAAGAAGGGAACAGCAAAAUUAUGUUGAAAAUAAAUAAUUUGUACAUUCCAUUACAA